GGAGCGGGCGUGGCCUGACUCUGCGCCUGUGCGGAAUUCCAGCUGCGACUGCUGAGGGAGAAAAUGAUGCCCAGGUUGGGCUCCCCGGCCCACCGGCCGAGGAGAGGCCUGCGCUGCACACGCGCAGACCGAGCAUCCGCGUCAAGAGGCGAAGAGAGCGCGCGCUCCCCACGUCCUGCGCGCCUGGCUGCCAGGCAUUCGUCUCAGCCGUGACUCUCGCCAGGCCGGGGCUAGCGCGCCCACGUCUGAAGAGCGAUGCCCCGGGAGAUCAUCACCCUGCAGCUGGGCCAGUGCGGCAACCAGAUUGGGUUCGAGUUCUGGAAACAGCUGUGCGCCGAGCAUGGUAUCAGCCCCGAGGGCAUCGUGGAGGAAUUCGCCACCGAGGGCACUGACCGCAAGGACGUCUUUUUCUACCAGGCAGACGAUGAGCACUACAUCCCCCGGGCGGUGCUGCUGGACUUGGAACCCCGGGUGAUCCACUCCAUCCUCAACUCCCCCUAUGCCAAGCUCUACAAUCCAGAGAACAUCUACCUGUCGGAACAUGGAGGAGGAGCUGGCAACAACUGGGCCAGCGGAUUCUCCCAGGGUGAGAAAAUUCAUGAAGACAUCUUUGACAUCAUAGACCGAGAAGCAGAUGGAAGUGACAGUUUGGAGCUCCAGAACAGCUCCAGAGUGAUAAAGGGCUUCGUGCUGUGUCACUCCAUCGCUGGGGGUACGGGUUCUGGCCUGGGCUCCUACCUCCUGGAGCGACUGAAUGACAGGUACCCCAAGAAGCUAGUGCAGACUUAUUCAGUGUUUCCCUACCAGGACGAGAUGAGCGACGUAGUGGUUCAGCCCUACAAUUCACUCCUGACACUCAAGAGGCUGACGCAGAACGCAGACUGUGUGGUGGUGCUGGACAACACAGCCCUGAACCGGAUUGCCACAGACCGCCUGCACAUCCAGAACCCGUCCUUCUCCCAGAUCAACCAGCUGGUGUCCACCAUCAUGUCGGCCAGCACCACCACCCUGCGCUACCCCGGCUACAUGAACAAUGACCUCAUCGGCCUCAUCGCCUCGCUCAUUCCCACCCCACGGCUCCACUUCCUCAUGACCGGCUACACCCCGCUCACUACAGACCAGUCAGUGGCCAGCGUGAGGAAGACCACGGUCCUGGAUGUCAUGAGGCGGCUGCUGCAGCCCAAGAACGUGAUGGUGUCCACAGGCCGAGACCGCCAGACCAACCACUGCUACAUCGCCAUCCUCAACAUCAUCCAGGGAGAGGUGGACCCCACCCAGGUCCACAAGAGCCUGCAGAGGAUCCGGGAACGGAAGUUGGCCAACUUCAUCCCGUGGGGCCCCGCCAGCAUCCAGGUGGCCCUGUCGAGGAAGUCUCCCUACCUGCCCUCGGCCCACCGGGUCAGCGGGCUCAUGAUGGCCAACCACACCAGCAUCUCCUCGCUCUUUGAAAGUUCCUGCCAGCAGUUUGACAAGCUGCGGAAGCGGGAUGCCUUCCUUGAGCAGUUCCGUAAGGAGGACAUGUUCAAGGACAACUUUGAUGAGAUGGACAGGUCUAGGGAGGUUGUUCAGGAGCUCAUUGAUGAGUACCAUGCGGCCACCCAGCCAGACUACAUUUCCUGGGGCACCCAGGAGCAGUGAUUUCCCUCCCCACUACUCCUUCUCCUUCUGGAUGGUAACCACAGCCUCGACCAUGCCUGCUCCCUCUGACCCAGCUUCACCUCAUGGACAACCCUUCUUGGUUCAUCUCCAGCCCAUGAGCUGGUCCUGCUUCCUCCCUUCCAUGCCCUAACUCUUAAUAUGCUUGUUCAGCUCUAAUAAAGUAAUAAAGCUUGGUUGUCAGUAUA